UACGAUGAGCGACGACACGCUUUUAGAGAAAGCUUUUGGAGGAACUGGAAGUAGUGAGUUGACUGAAAGUGAUCGUGCAGUUGCAAUAUGGAAAAUGAAAAAACUUAUAAAAGGCUUGGAAGAAGCAAGAGGUAACGGUACUUCCAUGAUUUCUUUAAUCAUACCUCCCAAGGACCAACUUUCUCGAAUAACAAGAAUGCUUGCUGAAGAGUAUGGAACAGCCUCCAAUAUUAAAUCUCGAGUGAAUAGACUUUCUGUUUUGUCAGCAAUAACUUCCACACAACAACGACUCAAACUGUACAAUAGAGUUCCACCCAACGGUCUUGUAGUAUAUUGUGGAACUGUGGUGACGGAAGAUAAUAAGGAGAAGAAGGUGAAUAUUAGUUUUGAACCGUUUAAGCCUAUAAAUACCUCCUUAUAUCUUUGCGACAAUAAGUUCCAUACUGAAGCCCUUUCAAGUCUGAUGGAGUCGGAAGAGCGUUUUGGUUUCAUCAUCAUCGAUGGUGGUGGCGCACUUUUUGGAGUUGUCAGUGGAAGUACGAGAGAAAUUUUGCACAAGUUUACUAUCGAGUUGCCAAAGAAACACGGUAGAGGUGGUCAGUCUGCUUUACGUUUUGCUAGACUUCGUUUGGAGAAGCGAAGAAAUUUUUUGAGAAGAUCUGCGGAAACCGCAGCUCAGUUGUUUAUUCCAGAUGGCCAAAGAGUGAAUGUCACUGGUUUGGUAUUAGCAGGUUCAGCAGACUUCAAAAACGAACUCAAUCAAUCUGAUUUGUUUGAUCAGCGACUGCAUGAAAAGGUCAUCAAGAUCGUGGAUGUUUCCUAUGGAGGUGAGAACGGCUUUAAUCAAGCCAUCGAGUUAGCAGCAGAAGCUUUGAGUAAUGUGAAAUUUGUGCAAGAAAAGAAGUUGAUUCAAAGUUAUUUCGAUGAAAUUUCGCAAGACACUGGUAAAGUAGUUUAUGGGGUGAAGGAUACUUUGAAAGCAUUAGAAAUGGGUGCUGUAGAGAAGCUUAUUGUUUGGGAGAAUUUAGAACAUACUAGGCUGUUAUUUAAGAAUCCUCAAACUGGAGAAGAGAGUGUACAAAUUUUAACAACAGAACAGCUUAAAGAUAGUCGUUUCUUUAAGGAUAGUUCAACUGGAAUUGAGUUGGAUGUAGUUGACCAACAGCCAUUGGUCGAUUGGCUAGCUGAUAAUUACAAGAACUAUGGAGCAUCUUUAGAUUUUGUUUCGAAUCGAAGUCAAGAAGGAAGUCAGUUUGUACGAGGAUUUGGAGGAAUUGGCGGUUUGUUACGAUACGUGUUGGAUGUAAGUGUAUUAGAAGAACCAGAAGAUGAAGCUGAUGAGUUGGAUGACGAUUGGGAACUGUAAAAUUGCAGUUUACUCAAAAGUCGUUGUCUGCUUCAUUUCGCAUUUGACUAUAUAUGGAUUUCGUAUUCAUACAUAAAUAAGAAAUAUAUAUAUAUAUAUACAUAUACAUACAUACAUAUACACAUAUAUAUAUAUACGUAUGAUAUAAAAUAGGAAGGAAUCUUUCAUAGAUACAGGAAUACAAGUUCUUGGGCGUUCAAUUUUGCCUAAAUAAUAAAGCAAAGGCUAUUGGG